AUGGAUUCAAACUGGAAGUCUCUGGUACUGUUUAUCACUUUUCGUUGUGCUGCUGGAUCCGACCAGGAAAACAUUUUUGCUUUGGAUCUUUUCAAGCAAGUUUUUAUCCAGGAUAACUCCAAAAACUUCGUUUUGUCGCCGCCCAUUAUUCGUGCCUCACUAUCACUACUUUAUCUAACUGCCAACUGGAAUGCUGCCUACGAAAUUCAAGAAGCUUUACAACUACCUCAGGAUAAAUCGGAAACCGCGGUGAUAGUGAAGAACUAUUUGACGAAUUUCAAUAAAAAUCGAGAUCGUCUACCAGUGAAUGCUCAGAUUUACCGUGAUCCCAAUGAGUUAAGUCCGAGUUUACUAGACUUGAUCAAUAAUUAUAUGGAACCAGAAGUGUCAUUAGCAGCAUUUGGCGAAAAUCCAAACACAAUUGUCUCAAUUUUACCCAAAACUAACCACAUGCCGAAUUAUAUUCUGUUGGUGACGACACUUUUCAACCUGACAGUAGCGUGGAAAACUCCGUUCAACCCUCUUGAUGGCAGAGCUGGCGUGUUUAAAUUCUCCGGUGGAUACUAUCAAGCGAAUUAUAUGAAGAAAACAGCGCGAUUUGGAAUAUUAAAACUGGAAGCACUCACGGCACUGGAAAUUCCGUACGAUACUCACUCAGCCCUUUCCAUGAUUUUCGUCAUGCCGAACGAUGAGGACACUCCACUAUCCACUUUGGUGCAAAACUUUAGUCUAGCAACCUACCAAACCAUCGACGCAAGGUUGCAGCAGAGGUUUGUGGAUGUGGCGAUUCCCCGAUUCACGGUGGACAGCAACGUUCAGCUGGGGAUGAGUUUGGCCCGGCUGGGAAUCGUGUCCAGUUACCUGGCGAACGCGUUCGAUUUUUACCGCUACCGGGGCAGCGGGUUGGGACCGAUUGAGCAUGUCGGGUCUAUACGCGUUCUGGAGGGAGGAACCGUGGAAGCGGAAAAUGCUCCAAAAGAAGCUGUGCCGCCAGCUCUUCUUCCGACGUUUCGGGCAGAUAGACCAUUUUUGUAUUUAGUUCGUAACACUACUUCGAAGGAUAUUUUAAUCAUAGGACAUUAUUCUCAUUUGAAUUCUUGAACUGAAAUCAAUUUAUGUGAAAAAAAUUAUUGGAAGACCCAGAACCAACGAACCGUCGCUGAAAAUAUAAUUGAUUUUUUUUUCAA